GGCUUCGGCUCCGGGCGCCUCAAGGAGACUUGGGGACGCCCGAACCACUCCUUUUGAGUGCCAGGGUGCCGCGGCCGCCGCGAGUGUCUGCUGCGCUCCAUGAGGAAGAUGCUUGCCGCUGUGUCCCGCGUGUUGGCAGGCGCUGCACAGAAGCCGGCAAGCAGAGUGCUGGUAGCUUCCCGUAAUUUUGCAAAUGAUGCUACAUUUGAGAUUAAGAAAUGUGACCUUCAUCGGCUAGAAGAGGGCCCUCCAGUCACCACGGUGCUCACCAGAGAGGAUGGGCUCAAGUAUUACAGGAUGAUGCAGACUGUGCGCCGGAUGGAGCUAAAGGCAGAUCAGCUGUAUAAGCAGAAAAUUAUUCGUGGUUUCUGUCACUUAUGUGAUGGUCAGGAAGCCUGCUGUGUAGGCCUGGAGGCUGGCAUAAACCCCACGGACCAUCUCAUCACUGCCUAUCGAGCACAUGGUUUCACCUUCACUAGGGGCCUGCCUGUCCGAGCAAUUCUUGCGGAGCUAACAGGACGAAGAGGAGGUUGUGCUAAAGGGAAAGGCGGAUCAAUGCACAUGUAUGCCAAGAACUUCUAUGGGGGCAAUGGCAUCGUUGGAGCUCAGGUGCCCCUGGGAGCAGGAAUUGCUCUGGCCUGCAAGUACAAUGGAAAAGAUGAGGUCUGUUUGACAUUGUAUGGUGAUGGUGCUGCUAAUCAGGGUCAGAUCUUUGAAGCUUACAAUAUGGCAGCAUUGUGGAAAUUACCUUGUAUUUUCAUCUGUGAGAAUAACCGCUAUGGCAUGGGGACAUCGGUCGAGAGAGCAGCAGCCAGCACAGACUACUACAAAAGAGGAGAUUUUAUUCCUGGACUCAGGGUAGAUGGAAUGGAUAUCUUGUGUGUCCGAGAGGCAACAAAGUUUGCAGCUGCCUAUUGCAGGUCUGGUAAGGGGCCCAUCCUGAUGGAGCUACAGACUUACCGCUACCAUGGACAUAGCAUGAGUGACCCUGGAGUAAGUUACCGCACUCGAGAGGAAAUCCAGGAAGUAAGAAGUAAGAGCGACCCUAUUAUGCUUCUCAAGGAUAGGAUGGUGAACAGCAAUCUUGCAAGUGUUGAAGAAUUAAAGGAGAUUGAUGUGGAAGUGAGGAAAGAAAUCGAGGAUGCUGCCCAGUUUGCCACGGCUGAUCCAGAG